AGUAUUCCACAGCCUGUCCACCUUAAAUUAUGUCCUCUGGGACUAAUGCUGGCAUGAAGACCAUUGUACUCCUGGUGGUGUGGGUGCUGGGAGCAUCUCUGGUGUUUCCAGAUCCAGAGACAACAGCGGCGGCAGAAGAACCCAUUUCCUGCUCUAAGGCCUGCACCUGUCUGCAUGACGACUACAGCUCGGAGCUCAACAUGUACUGCAGCUCUCGCAACUUGACACAAGUACCAGGCGACAUGCCACCGUCCACUCAUUCCCUCUGGCUGGAUGGAAAUCUGUUCACGUCCCUCCCAGCAGCAUCAUUCAGGGAUCUAACGAAUCUGGACUUUUUAAAUCUGCAAAACGGCCAGCUGACGAGCCUUGACCCUCAGGCUUUCAAAGGCCUCAAGGCUGCAGCGCACAUCCACCUCGAGCGAAAUCGCCUCCGGGCAUUACCAGGUACAGUUUUCCAGAACACACCUAACCUAGCUUCACUUAGUCUGCAUAACAACCAGAUCAGCCGCAUUGAUGAAAGACUCUUUGCUGGACUCUCACACAUGUGGCUCCUCAACCUCGGGUGGAACUCACUGACGGUUUUACCAGAGACAGUUUUCCAUGACCUGCAUGAUCUCCGAGAGCUCAUUCUUGCAGGGAACCGACUUGCCUACUUGCAACCGCAGCUCUUCCAAAAUCUUGGUGAGCUCAAAGAGCUGGAUUUGACUGGAAAUUACCUCAAAGUCAUCAAAGCCAAUGUGUUUGUUAAACUCACUAAACUGCAGAAGCUUUACUUGGCCCAGAAUCAGAUCGUGACAGUGGUACCCAGAGCUUUUGUAGGCAUGAAGUCACUCAGGUGGCUGGCUCUGACAAACAACAAACUGACUUCUCUACAUGACGACAUAUUCAUGGGCCUGCACAGUCUGCACGUACUGCGUCUUUCCAACAACUCUAUCACCGCCAUUAGGCCCAGGACUUUCCGUGAUCUGCAGUACUUGGAAGAGCUGCAACUCAGUCACAACAGGAUUCGCGCCCUGGGGGAGAGGAUCUUUGAAGGGCUUGGGAAUCUAGAGGUCCUAGAGCUCGACCACAACCAGGUGCAGGAAGCACAGAUGGGUAGUUUCACGGGUCUGUCUCAUGUGGCUGUCAUCAACCUAUCUGGAAGUUGCUUUCAAAGUCUCCCUGACCAAAUGUUCAAAGGUCUAUCGAAGCUUCACAGCCUACAUCUGGACAAAGGUUGCCUAACAAGGAUCACAGCACAAGCUUUCGCCGGGCUUUCUGGUUUGAGGAGGCUUUUCCUUCAACAUAACAACAUCUCUGUGGUGGAAUAUCAAAGCUUCGUGGACCUCAUAGGGCUGUUGGGCCUCGACUUGAGCUUCAAUAAGCUGGAGGUUGUCACGUCUCACACUUUCUCUGGCCCCAAGAACCUGGAGUACUUGCUGUUGGGCAACAAUGAGUGUCGGCAGUUUUUGCAGAAUGGAACGAGGCAGCUGCUUCCACGGCUGCGCUAUCUGGACCUGAGAUCUAAUGCUUUGACGAGCAUUGUCCCUAAUUUUUCAGAGAGCAUGGAGAAACUUUUGCUCUCUGGAAAUCAGUGGAGAUGUGACUGUGACACACUCCCACUGAGAAACUACAGCUUGAGGAAACCACUGGUGAUACCUCGACAAGUGGAGACCCACGCAGAGGGGGAAGAGCCUGACUCAACUAUCACCAUAUACAACAACAUCACUUGCACCAGCCCGCCGCGUCUUGCUGGUCAGGAUCUACGGGAUGUGGACAGUGACUCCUUCCAAAGCUGCUAAGCACACAAAGGCAUGUCUAAGGAAGUAGUUGAUACUAAUACCUAACUUUAAGGUAUAUUUUGCGCAGCAUAAAUUCAGUCAGUUCGAUUUUCAAAUUAAGGUCUUGAUUAAACUGUUGCCAUCUGCUACUUUUACAAUACAUGUCAUUCAUUAAAAAAAAGAGAUUUGUGGUUGCACAGAAUUGUCAUAUAAUACCAGCCAGAUGAUAUUUCUUUUCUUUCCCAGCUUUGUUGAAUUACGUCAUGUAAAGCAAACAUCCAUGGCAGUUCAGUUUUUGUAAAUAUUAGAGUGUGAUGGACUGUAAAGAUCUUGUGUUUUGCUCUUUGUGUGGGUUUGUUUGGUAUGGAGAUCCUCCUGAUGGAGACAUUCAAUAAAAACACAUUCAAAUGUGA